ACAUUUACACAGAGAGAGGGGAGUAAUGCCAGGAAAGUAGAGCACACACUGGAGGAGGAGAUACAGAGAGACAGGCAGCGAAAACAACACGGACAGGACACAGGCAGAGACCACACCGGGCAGACCCUCAUCUGGCAGGUAGGUGCAGCCAUCCAGGCGUGUCCAGGAGAGUAAAACCUGACUGCGAGGGAAACAGAGAAUUAUUACCUGCCAGUAAAUCAGAGAGAAUCGUUACCUUGCAGCUGGGAAGAAGGCUCCAGACAAAGCUGUCUCCUAACCAGCACAGCAAGGCUCUGUGACUAAUCUGAAGGCAACGUUCCAUCCGAGAGAGCCUGCUACAACCUGCUACCUCUGCUGGCUGACAACUGAAAGACUAAGAUGCCCACACUGCAUGGCAACAACCACCCAGUGAAUCGUAGCUCUAUCGAUCAUCUCCAGACCCAGCGCUCCACCUAAAUACCUCGUUAAAGCAUCAACCCAGCAUCACUACCGCUUGUCCACCUGUAAGCAGUAGGGGUGGUGAGACAUCGGGGUGCACAGAGAAAGAGAAAUUGGGUCAGCAUGGAAUCCCCUCUUGACAAUUACCCACAGAGCAGCGAGGAACAGCAUGCCAUGAACAGAGCUUCUGGUACCCAGAUCGGAGCUGGAACUGGGCGCCGGAAGCGAGAGUUUAUCUCUGACGAGAAGAAGGAUGCCAGUUACUGGGAGAAAAGGAGGAAAAACAACGAGGCAGCAAAAAGGUCGAGGGAGAAGAGACGUUUCCAUGACCUGGUGCUGGAAGGGAGGGUGGCAGCCCUGGAUGAGGAGAACGGAAGGCUGAGGAACGAGCUGCUCCAGCUGAAACUCCGCUACGGGCUCAUCUCAGCUGCCUCCUUCCUCGAGGCUGGCCAUGGACUAGGAGGUCACAAAGGUGCAGACACAGGAUCUUUGCUGUGCAGCGGUGGCAAUUCAACCUACGCUUCCUCCUACUUAGGAAUGAAUUCGGACUCCUCAGAGGCGGACAGCGGAGGGGGAGCAGCGACGGACAGUUAUUCUCCCAGGGGCUCCCUGUCUGACCUCUCUGACCACUCUUCCCGGGACAGCCCAAUGCCGGCUUUAUACGGCGAUGGGAGAGCAAUGGACAAUGACUUUUCCAAUAUGUACCCAGAGGACAAAAAUGCAUCUACAAGACAGUGCCCCCGCGGGGGAGUGAUACUGUACAGAGUCGGGGGGCUCACUGUGGACCCCCAGAGCAGACACAACACGGGUAUGGAUUAUGCGGACCUGGACUCACUUAACCAACAGGUCCCUGAGCACUACGCCCCACCGCUACGUUCCUCCAUAUUUGCACACGCGGACACUUUACAGACCCCUUACCAGCAGAUGGUGAGAACAGCUGACAUGAAAGUCACGGGGGAGCUGGUGUCUCCCAAAUCUGUCCAUUCAGGUUACCAGAGUGAAGACAGUGGUGGUGAAGAGGGGGGGUCCAGCUGCUGCCCCUCAGAGUGCUCCACCCACCAGGAGCCAGCGGCUGGCGUUAAACUACCCCACAAACUGAGACUAAAGUGCCGAGCGCACGGACCCGAGGGCUGGGCAUCUGAGAAGGGACAAAUGUUUGAGAUGCAGAACUAAUUGGCAGCUGCUGUGUGACUGUAUUAUGACUGAUGCCAAAAAAAACUAACAAGCACUGACUUUCUAGUAACCGGUACCCGAAAACUGCCAUACCUGUGAUAUUGCAUAAGACUGGCAGAUGAUUCAUGUGUCAUUGCUACUGCUGUACGCCAAGGGGUAUAGUGUUACACGUGAGGGAAGCUGGCACUCUGACUGUAUAUAUUUUCCAUGUGAAUAGUUCAAUAAACCUGUAUAAAUAUUUCA